AGACCGGAGGAGGAGAGAGAUGCCACCCCAACCUCCCGAGUCGCAGGUGAGGAAGGAUAUCCUGAAGUUCCUCAAGAGUUGUUUGGGAAUCAUCCGGAUCCUGCAGAUUGUGUUCGGAGCUGGGCUGUGGGUCACCAUCGCCGCCAACAAAUAUGAGGGGCCCAUCCACUUCGUCCUUUUCGUCGCUGUCCUCUUCUGGCUCCUCACCCUCGCCCUUUUCUUCCUCACCCUUCUGGACAAGCAGGACCUCGUCCCGCUGCUGGGAGGGGAGCGCUGGUUGUGCACCAACCUGGCGCACGACGUGGCCGCCACCCUGCUCUACCUGCCGGCCAUAGGUGUCAUGAUCUACAAGACGGACCGCAACUCGUACUGCAACCUGGAGCAGUACAAGCACUUCUGUCUGUACAAGGUCUACCUAACGGCCGCCGUGUUCGCCUGCCUGUGCUGCCUAUCUUACCUCCUGUCGGUUAUUUAUGGGGCGAGCAGGAGGUGUCGGGGCGAGCAAACGGUCAUCUGAUGAGACUGAUGGGGAGGGGGUGAUGUCAACAAGGAGGGGGGAGGGGGGGUCCACAGCAAGAUGAGGAAUAGUUAACUUCACUGUAAUUUAACUCAACAGCUACUCUAAUCACAGGUUCGCUUUUGUCUCUCCACACCAAACUUUCUGCCUUGGUGGUGAAACACAAUCAUCAAAAUCACUGUGUGGCCUUACAGUCAGUGUAUUUAAGGGUUGCUGACAUGAAAACAUCCAGAGGCCUGUAGCUACCCAGGAUUGGAAAUGUGUUAGGAGGGCAAAAUGGUUAAGGCCAUGCUUCCAGCUCUUAAGUUGAUUAUUAUUUUUGUCCAGUAAUUUAAUGUCAUUUCCCCCCAUAAACAAUUAUAGUGGGUAUGCAGUAAGUUUACAGUACAAUGCCUUAACAUAUGUUUUGUAGAUUUGUGUAAGUACUUGCUAACUAUCCAUCUAAAACCUCUCAUAGGAUUAGUACAGUUGUUUUCACAAGGGAUCUUUUUUCAUUAUCUUUUCAAAGUAUAUAUUUUUAUGUGUUUACAUGUUUUUGUAUGACAGCAAACGUUACGUGACGGACUAAAACACUUGCGGAUAUCCUUUUGACCAGCUCUGUUUUUGUUUUGUCUGACCCAAACAUUGCAUACAGUUUUGUCAGUGGCUUCUGUCAGAAUGCUGUAUACUCAACAAGGUUGUGACAACAACAACCCAACAAUAUGGAUGUUAUUGGUGCUAAAAUGUGUAUGCAGAACAAAGAAAAUAUCCCCUAAGUGUUCAUUAUGUAAAGCCAAAGAGCAAAAAGAGCAAUAAUAAAGAUCAGUAAGUGAGA